AUGUCUUCCUCCACUGAAACAUCACUUGACAACUACACAACCCUCCCACACCGCGAGCUCAAUCCCACCGCCAAACAAACCAUCCUCCUAAUCCACGGUGCCUGCGGAGAUGGCAACAGCUGGAAUGCCAUAACACCUCACCUCACAGACUACCACAUCCUCGCCCCCGAUCUCCCCGGACACGGUAUAGCAAAGUCACAUCCCUUCUCAGUUGUCAAAGCCGCUGCUGCACUACACGCUCUCCUCCUCGCUCGCGCACAUGACCAAGUCGCCUACAUCGUAGGCUUCAGUCUCGGUGCCCAUGUAGCCAUCCAUCUAGUCUCCCACUACCCUGCUAUCGCAAAUUGUGUCCUGGUAUCUGGGUUCCAGGUUUUCGAGACAAGCAAGGCGUUUUCUGCAUAUCUGCCUUACGUGAUAUGGGCAGAACAGCGAUUGGAAUCUGCAAUCCCGCGCUCAUGGGUUCGGUGGGCGAUGGAUGGGAUUGAUAUUCCUCGCUCUGAUCCAAGUAUAUGUACAGUGGACUAUUAUCGUCAAGUAUUCGCUACCUCCNCCGAUGCGGAGAAAUGGCCGAAAGCGUGGCCGGCAAGGACGUUGGUUAUCGCGGCGGGUAAAGGUGGUUUGGUGCCUUCGAACGACAAUCCCAAAGAUGCGAAAAAGUUGGCUGGGAUCGGCCGUGAGGUCAACAGUGCUACUAGAGCGGUCACUCAUCCUGAUAUGAGGCAUUCUUGGGUCUGGCAGGCUCCAGAGUUGUUUGCAGAAACUACAAAGCUUUGGUUCGAACAAGGGACUGUUCCGGCAGGAUUUGUAUCUCUGGACUGA